AAGCCUCAGCUGCCUGAAUGCAAAUGACGUAGAGGGCUAACGGGAUACAUGGCAGAUUGACUAAGUCGUCUCCACCUCCGGCAGAAAAACACAAAUUUCGUGCUUUUUUAUGCGUUAACUUGGUAGGACUAUAUUUGGGAACAGCCUAAAGUUCAUUAUGUGAAAUUAUGAUGGUGAUAAAGCAGAGAGCAUGAAUGUAAAUAUUAAGCAAGAUACUGAUGGCUGGGAAGAUCUCUCGGAUACAGAAGGAGAAGGAAAUGGUGCUGAUCUGACAUGUAAACAAGAACAAGGUCAAACCGUCAUCUUCAGAUCAGAAGAAGGUAGAGUCAUUAUGGACAAGGAAACAGACCAGGACGAUUAUUUUGUACAAGGUCAAACCUUCAUCAAACAGGAGGUAGAUGAAGACAGGACCAACCCUGAUACAGUUCAAGAACAAUGUACCACACAAGGUCAAACCAUUAUCAUCAAACGUGAAGUAGAUGAAGACAUGACCAACCCUGAUACAGCUCGAGACCAAUGGACCACACAAGGUUCAACCUUCAUCAUCAAACGUGAAGUAGAUGAAGACAUGACCAACCCUGAUACAGCUCAAGACCAAUGGACCACGCAAGGCCAAACCAUUAUCAUCAAACAGGAACUAGAUGAAGACAUGACCAACCCUGAUACAGCUCAAGACCAAUGGACCACGCAAGGCCAAACCAUUAUCAUCAAACGUGAAGUAGAUGAAGACAUGACCAACCCUGAUACAGCUCAAGACCAAUGGACCACGCAAGGCCAAACCAUUAUCAUCAAACAGGAACUAGAUGAAGACAUGACCAACCCUGAUACAGCUCAAGACCAAUGGACCACGCAAGGCCAAACCAUUAUCAUCAAACAGGAACUAGAUGAAGACAUGACCAACCCUGAUACAGCUCAAGACCAAUGGACCAUGCAAGAUAAAGAUCUUUUGGAUGGAGAGGAGGUAAGACAAUCAUCAAUGACAGAAUGCAGUGAAAAUGAGUCCCAUCAGUGUUUACGAUGCAAUAAGACAUUUACAGAUGAGGCUUUUUUAGUUCUGCAUCAUAAAACACACUCUAGGGAAGUUGAGUUUGCUAGUCAUCCUAGGACAGAGUUUGGAGACAGAUGCUUCAAGUGCCCCCAUUGUCAUAAGAAUUUUGAAUGUAGGGAUUAUCUUGUAACCCAUAUGAGCACACACACUGGAGAAGAAUCUUAUAGUUCUCAUUGUGACAAGGGAUGUUCUCAAAAGAGUUAUCUUACCGGUCAUAUAAGAACACAUACAGGAAAAAAAACCUAUAUCUGCUCUCAUUGUGAGAAGGGAUUUUCUCAAAAGAGCGAUCUUACCCGUCAUAUAAGAAUACACACAGGAGAAAAACCUUAUCAUUGCUCUCAUUGUGAGAAGAGAUUUUCUGACAAGAACACUCUUACUAUUCAUAUUAGAACACAUACUGGAUCAAAACCCUAUAUUUGCUCUCUUUGUGAAAGAGGAUUUUCUCAAAAGGGCGAUCUUACCCGUCAUAUAAGAAUACACACAGGAGAAAAACCUUAUCGUUGCUCUUAUUGUGAGAAGAGAUUUUCUGACAAGAACACUCUUACAAUUCAUAUUAGAACACAUACUGAAGAAAAACCCCAUAUUUGCUCUCAUUGUGGUAAGAGAUUUUCUAAAAAGAGUCAUCUUUCCUCUCAUAUAAGAACACACACCGGAGAAAAACCUUAUCGUUGCUCUCAUUGUGACAAGAGAUUUUCUAACAAGGUCUUUCUUACAUAUCAUAUUAGAACACAUACAGGAGAAAGACCGUAUAUUUGCACUCAUUGUGAGAAGGGAUUUGCUAAAAAGAUUGAUCUUACCUAUCAUAUACAAACACACACAGGAGAAAAACCCUAUAUUUGCUCUCAUUGUGAGAAGAGGUUUGCUAAAAAGGGCAAUCUUACCUGUCAUAUUAGAACACACACAGGAGGAAAACCUUAUAGUUGCUCACAUUGUGACAAGACAUUUCCUAACAAGGCUGUUCUAACAAAUCAUAUCAGAACACAUACUGGAGAAAAACCUUAUCAUUGCUCUCAUUGUGAGAUGAGAUUUUCUACCAAGGCCAAUCUUACAAAUCAUAUUAGGACACAUACAGGAGAAAGACCGUAUAUUUGCACUCAUUGUGAGAAGGGAUUUGCUAAAAAGAGUGAUCUUACCUAUCAUAUAAGAACACACACAGGAGAAAAGCCCUAUAUUUGCUCUCAUUGUGAGAAGGGAUUUUCUACUAAGGGUCAACUUUCCUGUCAUAUAAGAACACACACUGGAGAAAAACCUUAUCAUUGCUCUCAUUGUGAGAAGAGAUUUUCUACCAAGGCCCAUCUUACAAAUCAUAUUAGAACACACACUGGAGAAAAACCCUAUAUUUGCUCUCAUUGUGAGAAGAGAUUUUUUACCAAGUCCAUUCUUAAAAAUCAUGUUAGAACACACACAGGAGAAAAACCCUAUAUUUGCUCUCAUUGUGAGAAGGGAUUUACUCAAAAGAUUGAUCUUACCCAUCAUAUACGAACACACACAGGAGAAAAACCCUAUAUUUGCUCUCAUUGUGAGAAGAGAUUUUCUACCAAGGCCCAUCUUACAAAUCAUAUUAGAACACACACUGGAGAAAAACCCUAUAUUUGCUCUCAUUGUGAGAAGAGAUUUUUUACCAAGUCCAUUCUUAAAAAUCAUGUUAGAACACACACAGGAGAAAAACCCUAUAUUUGCACUCAUUGUGAGAAGGGAUUUACUCAAAAGAUUGAUCUUACCCAUCAUAUACGAACACACACAGGAGAAAAACCCUAUAUUUGCUCUCAUUGUGAGAAGGGAUUUGCUAAAAAGAUUCAUCUUACCUAUCAUAUACGAACACACACAGGAGAAAAACCCUAUAUUUGCCCUCAUUGUGGAAAGAGGUUUGCUAAAAAGGGCAAUCUUACCCGUCAUAUAAGAACACAUACAGGAGAAUAACCCUAUAUUUGAUCAUAUUGUGGAAAGGUAUUUGCUAAAAAGAGUGAUCUUACAACUCGUAUAAGAACACAUGCUACAGAAAAGAAAACCUUAUCGUUGCUCUCACUGUGAAAAUGGAUUUUGUAAACAGCCGUCAUACACGUCAUUUAAGGACACGCACACAGGAGAAAACCCCUAGAUUUUUUUCUCAUUGUGAGAUUUUCCUAAAAGAGACGAUUAUGUAGAACACAUAGUCAUGAAUUUUUGUACUGGAAAAAAUAACGAUUUGUCAAUUAGGAGAAACUCACAAUCCUCUAUGGUUGUGAUGUUCCACCAACCAAAAGUGACUUCGCUAAAAAAAAAUCAGUGAACUGUAGCGUUGCUUGGUUCCCUGGGAGGGAGAUUGAGAACGGUUCUGAACUUUUUGUAGAAUUCUGUCCCAGACGUUUGAUAGCUGAAACUGUAAACUACCUCCCGGAUUUCCGAACCACCUGAUUUCUCUGUCUAGGAUUCCCAUGUUCUUGUUUAAAACAUGUCCUGUAGUGUCCACUCUAAAAUGACAGCUAUUUUGAUGCCCAAGAAGAUUGGGGUGCUCAUUCAGCUCACCCGCUUGUAUUUUUGGCCGUCCACUACACGAUGUGAUGCGUGGUAUAAUCUACAAAAAUUAAGAUCAAAUUUAAAAAAAUCUCAUUACUAAUUGAUUAUGCUACUUUGUGCUUAAAAUCAAAAGUUUGCUCUAAUGAACUAAAUAAGGCCCCAAAAUUUCUAACCCUAACCCUCCUCCAGUCUUACUUUGGUCAAUCAUAAUAAUAAGAACAAUAAUAAUAAUUUGCAUUUAUAUAGCACUUUAUCAAUGUACUACUGCUCAAAGCCCUUCACUAUGGUUUAACUUGGCUAUUUGGAAGCUUGAAUUGGUAGUGUGUACCCGGGGGGGGGGGGGGGGGGGGGGGGCACUCGACCAAAAAAGUGGUAGGGGUGUGCCGUGGGCAAGACAAAAAACGGGGGCCUUGGAGCGGGCUCAUUGUAAAAAGGAGGGUCCUCGGAACGGGCUUCGGAACUACAAAUGUUUGUGAACACGGGGGUCCUUGGAACGGGUCGCCUGCGUGCGAGUGCGUAUGCUUUCCUAUGGAACGUACUUGCAGCUAGCCCGGCGGCACGACUGACGGGCGCACUAGCGCAGAGGCCAUAGUCGGACAGCGAGCUGCGGCCGCUUUUCACCAAAAUUGCGACCGGAACGGCGAAACGGAAAAUAUGCGAAGCCCUGGAGCGGAUUUUUUUUCUUCUUUUUUCUCGAGAAGAAGAAAAUGCUAUGCUCUGGAGCGGCUUUCUUUGUUCUUUUUCUCAAUAAGACAGAAAUGCUAUGCCUCGGAACGGAAAUUUGAGUGUAAAAAUGGGGGUCCCCUCCGCGGCACAUACCCACUAUGCAUUAUAUACUGAGUGCCCCCACCCCCCCCCCCCCCCCCCCGGGUGUGUACCAACUCAAAACUCGAGCCAAAAUGAAGGUAGAUAAUGAUAGGAGCUAUUACUACAGUAUGGUAGGGUGGAUGGUUUUUUAGUCCAGAAUACUUAUUUUUAGUAUUAUCUCGGUACAGUAUUACAAUUUAUAUGUAUUAUUUACACCACUGGAACUAUAACUUGAUUUUUGUAUUCCCCCCCCCCCCCCCUCAAAAGAAUAAAGUAAUCAUAAUAAAAAUAUAUAAAUAAAAAUUUUAAAAAAUAAAAUAAAUAAGAAAGUAAAUAAUUGGAUUGGAGUUACUGGUUCAAUUAUGUGUUAUAAAUUGAAUUAUUUUUCAUUUUAUUGGAGGGGAGGUAAACUUAUUUUUCAGAUUUUACCAGUCACAUUAGUCUAAACACAAUCUAACCAUAUUAUGUUCAUGUAAAGCAAUUUUUUGUUAGAAUUACCCCAUCUCUUAGUUUAUUACGAAACUGGCUCAUUGCUUAUUUCAUAUUUUUCUGGGUAGGUAUUUUCGUGUUGUAAAGAGAGUUUUAUAUAUUAAGGAUGAUGCAUGCUUUUGUAAUAAACCUGUUUCAUACAGCUGAAAAAAAUUAU